UUUUAUUGUAAGGAAUUAUAUUGGAUAUCACAUUCCCUUUCAUGCACUCUAACAAACUGUAGGAAUGGUCCAGGUUGCACAUAUUUAAUGUCCACCCCUCCAAUUUAACCUCAUUGAGAUAGCCAGCCAAAGUUAUUGGAGAAAAGUCUGCCUAGGAAUUGUGGUCCUUGCACAUAUUAUCAAAAUACUUACAGAUAAAAACAUUUUAUAGAGCAACCUUUUCAAAAAGGGUGAUCUUUUGGAGAUGUGUCUCUGUAUAACAAUACAUUCUUUUUUGCUUUUUGACUCAAAGUCAUUUUCAUGUUUUAUUUCAGUAGACUUUACUUGAAGACAUUUGAGGCCAAGUUGCAACAUUCACCUGUCAGUAAACUUCGAUGACGUGACAUAAACCAGGGAGGGAGUGUUUGUUACAUUUUGUGUCUUUGUUGUUUUUGCCUCGAAAAAAAAAUGGAUGAUGAGGUGGAAGAGCUUAACUCCCGGCAAGUCAAUAAUCUAUGUCUUCAGGCAUCCAAAAUGGAAGAAUCAGAGGCGAGUCUCUCAGAUGAAUGCUUACUGAUCCAUAGAAAAAGGAGGGACAAACAGCACUCACCGGACUGUGGCACAGACUCUAUAAAGGAUCAGUUGUGGAAAUCUCCAAAUACAGAUGAAGAUGACAGGAUGCAGGAACUUUCUCAGGUGGUGCAUAAAGUAUGGAAAAACAGCAGUUGGUGGGAGAGGUAUGGAACAGAUUGGAGUAUAUUUGGACUGGCAUUCUGCAUGUUACCUGUUGGUUUCCUGUGCCUGAGAUCCCAAAGCCUUUUCUUGUGUGCAGUGGGCAUUUUUUUACUUGGACUGGUUCAUUUUGUCUUCACAAUUAAAGGGAGUCAUAUGUCAAGUCAUCGCACACUGUGCCAGUCUCGCACCUUGGGCAAGUUUUGGGCCACGUUCUUCGCUGAGGUGUGUUCAUGUGUACCACUUCAAUGUGGAGAAGAAGGGCAUGUGAAAUUACAUCAUGGUUACACAAACAUUAUUGGUUUAGGGGACUCCAGCAUCUGGAAGGUUCCAUACCUUAGUUGUGGCAUCUAUAUGUUUGUGGCACCACUGUUGCUACCUAUCGUCACAGUUUUUGUUGGAUUAAAAUAUGUGACUCAGAUGCCAUUAGUCCCAGCACUGCGCAGUCUUUUCUGUAUGGUUUUCGGAUUGUGGAGUAACUUCCAGUUGCUUGUAAAUGUCUCAGGCUUGAGUUAUUCAUCAGCACUUGGGUGCAUGUUUCUCUCCAGAGCUCUGUUAGCCAUACCAUUUAUACAUGUUAAUAUAUUUCAGCACAUUGGUCUCCCAAUGUUUUCCCUAUCAAAUCGGCCACGUCGCCUUCAACUAAUGACUAAUGCAGUACUAAACCUGCCCCGAAACGUCAUUCUGGAUUGGACGUUUGGACACUCCCUCAUCAGUUGUCAUGUGGAACAUCAUCUUUUCCCACAUCUUUCCGACAAUAUGUGUCUUAAGGUAAAGCCUUUGGUGUCUAAAUAUGUGUGUGAUCACAAUCUGCCCUACCACGAGGACACAUAUAUGUCACGUCUUCAACUAUUUCUGAGCAAUUAUAAAGAGCUUAUGGUUCUUGCUCCACCCAUUGCUCAUCUGGUGGAAUUUCACUGAGGUCCGUUUAGAUCAUAUCUUAAUCUUCAUAUAUAUAUAAUGCUCUACAUUUCCUUACUGAUAAUAUUCUGAAACACUAAUGUGAUGGUUCCUAGAGUCAACUUACCCCUUCGCUAUUGUUGCUCCCAGAGGACUAUGGCUAUGGAAGAGUGACUAUGGACUA